UGCGCAUGUGCUCCGAAUAAACAUGGCAGCGCCCUGCCACUCAAGAAUAACUAUGUGAAACCUGUCGACGGUAUGAAUUAAAUAAGUAAAAAGGAGUCAAUAUAGUUGUGUUGAACGGAGAUGUAUCCGGCAUGUUUACGAAUACAAUAUGCAAUAAGUAAAGGAUAAUCUUACAAGUAACAUUUUAGUUAGGGUUGUUUUGCAGCAGUCUAGCUAACUAGCUUAGCAGGUAAGAACAUCGGUGUAUUAUUACAGUCAAGACAAAUUAGCUACAAUGAGCUUUUCCUGGAAAACUUGUAGACGAGCUUUUCACGUUUCCAUUAGGAAGUUGCAUGAACUGUCCUUGAUGACACCCCAUCAGACCUCGUACUCUAGCAUCUUAAGCCAAAGAAGAUACCGAGCAGUAUCUCACCGUGAUAGACUUCCCAAUUCGCAAUUAAUAAAUUGCCACUGUAGAACAUUCCACUCGACGCAGCCAUUGAGGAUUACUAAAGUACUGAAUGUGGACGAGAUCUUUGCUCAGAAAUCUCUGCAGGACUACCUGAAGAAGAUAGAGACUGAGUAUUAUGAAUGUCUGCCAGUUGUCAACAUGAGUGAAGGACUGAAAAUUAGCGAGGAGGAGCUAAGAGCUAAAAGAACCAGGGAAUCUGUAUUAGCGCCCCUGGUUCAGUACAUCAGAGAACUGGAAACAAAACAACAGGAGUUUGCAGAGACGGAAAAGUUACUCAAAGAUGAAGACCCAGACAUGCGUGAACUGGCAGUCUUGGAGAACGAAGUCUGUCUAUCAAAGAUUCAAGAACUUAGACAAAAGAUUCUGGACAUGUUGGUUCCUGAGGAUGAGGCAGACCUAAGCGACCUGGUCCUGGAGGUCACAGCCGGGGUUGGAGGCCAGGAGGCCAUGCUGUUCACUGCAGAGAUGUUCGAUAUGUACCACAGCUUCACCCAGCAUCAGGGGUGGAGCUUUGAAAUCUUGGAUUACAUGAAGAGUGAGAUGGGUGGAUUGCGUCAUGGGUCAGCUAGUGUCAGUGGUUCUCAGAGCUAUAAAAGGAUGAAGUAUGAGGCAGGGGUCCACCGCGUUCAGAGGGUCCCCAAGACUGAGAAACAGGGCCGCAUGCACACCAGCACCAUGACGGUGGCCAUACUGCCCCAACCCACUGAGAUCUCAUUUACAAUCAAUGCCAAAGACUUGAAGAUUGAGACCACAAGGGCAAGUGGAGCAGGUGGCCAGCAUGUCAACACUACAGACAGCGCUGUGAGAAUUGUUCAUCUCCCCACAGGUGUGGUUGCAGAGUGCCAACAGGAACGGUCUCAGCUGAAGAACAAGGAGAAGGCCAUGAAAAUGCUGAGGGCUAAGCUCUACAGCAUGAGACUGGAAGAGGAAACCAGCAAGCGUUACACUGCACGCAAAGUCCAGAUUGGCACCAAAGGAAGGUCUGAGAAGAUCAGGACCUACAAUUUUCCCCAAGACAGGAUAACAGACCACCGUAUAGGGAAGACUGUACAUGGUGUGAGAGAGUUUCUUUCAGGGGAGGAUCUACUGGACGAGAUGAACUCAGCUUUGCAUGAAUUCUCGAACCAGGAGACUCUUAUGGACAUACUAGGAGAGGAUGAACAUGAUGUUAAAAUAUAGCUGGGAUUCAAAGAGACAAUAAUAAAGCCGUGAAGUGUGACAUGUUGAGGACCAAGUGAUUGUUGUUUGUUUGUCCUCAUAGGGUU